UGCUUACAUCCGGAACAUAAUCUCUCGUCAGGAUUCUAGGAUCUAGGUUGCAACAUGCAAAACUUGACACCCGCCGAACGAUUCCCGAGUGUCCGCAGCAUGGCAAGACCACCAUCAACACCAUCGACCGCGCUGGCCGAGGAACCAGCGACUAAGGCGGACCGGGAACAGGAAUGCAGUACGCACGAAGCGAUGGCAGCAGUCAUCUUCAUGGGACAAGUGUUUUCGCUCAUGCCUAUCGCUGGUUACGGUCCGGCAAGUGAUCCGCGGAACGUUACGAUGCGUUUCCUGUCCGUACGGUUCGUGUACGGAUGUGUUACGCUGCUGAUAAUGUUGACACUCAUCGCUAUGUUGGGUGCAUAUACGGCCGAGCAGAGCUCGUUUGGAGUGCAGCAGGCUUCUUCCAUGGCGUACUACGCCAUUAUCGUGUUUUUCAUGGUGGAACUCAUGCUACUGGCCCGCAACUGGUCCAAAAUUAUGGGCCGCUGGUACGUGGAUGAGUUACCGUUCCGGAGCGCACCUUAUCGACCACCAGCCAGUAAGCUUCCGUUCCACCGCAAGGUCCCUCUUAUCGCGUUCAGCGUUAUGUUUUUAGCGUUUCUCGAGGACACACUUAACUUCCUCUCGGCAUACAAACUCAACGAGCUGCACAUUCGGUACUGUCCGCAUCGUAGUGGCUUUUGGAAGAAUUUCUUCCAUCGGGAGCAUCCGUAUGUGUUGCGCGUUAUCCCGUACCACGCGGUGCUCGGUUGGACGAUCGAGCUGACGAUGAGGAUCGCCAAGUUUACCUGGCAUUAUGUGGAUGUGUUUAUCAUCUGUCUCAGUCUCGGGUUGCAGCGUCGGUUUGUACAGUUCAACGAGCGCCUAGAGCGUCUCGAUGGACAACCACAAUCGCAGACCGUAUGGCGUGGGCUGAGGCUUGACUUUGUGCGACUUACAGAGCUGGUCACAUUUGUGGACGAGCGCUUCUCGAAGCUAAUUCUGUUUAGCUGCGCCAACGAUAUGUUCUUCAUCACGGUGCAGUUGUUCAACAGUUUCGACUUGAAACCAACCACCGUGACCACGGUUUACUUCUGGUAUUCGCUCGGAUUUCUCAUCUGUCGCUGCUUUCUCAUGCUGUUCGUCGUGUCCUCGAUCAGCAGAGCAUCGGAACGCCCUCUCGAGACGUUGCGCCGCUUUCCCAGCACAAACUGGAACCUAGAUCUGAGACGGCUCUGUGACGCCGUGGCCACAUCCGAGAAUGCUCUUUCCGGCAAGCGAUUCUUCUUCAUCCGGAGACCAUUGAUACUAGCGAUGGCCGGUACGAUCAUUACCUACGAGCUGGUGUUACUAGAUCAGGUGAAGAAGAUCCCGGACACGACAAAGGAUUGCACAUUUUAACGAGCCAUUUGUC